UGAAAUAAAUACUGCUUGUGCAGUGUAGCAGAGAUAGUACUACUCUAUAUAUCAUCACUGUUCUGUUCUCCAUUCUAUACUUGAAUUAAAAUUCUAAAAUAAACAAAAUUUUCUCUUUAAUUAACUAGCCAUUCCGCUAAUAGUUUACUAAUACUACUCAUCGCAUUCAUUCUUGCUUUCCUUCUCUCUAGAAUUAUUAGUUGAAGGUAUUACUGUACUAGAACAACAAUGAAAAAGAAUGCGUGGCUUCUCUUAUGCCUGCUUUUUAUGGAAUGUUAUCUCGAUAAAGCCAUGGGAAGGGGAAUAACAACGCAAGAGAAGGAAGAUGCAGCAAUGCCGGUGGCAACAAUGUCGCCGCCGGAAGGCAACACGACAUUCAUCGACGGCACCACAUGGUGUGUGGCAUUAGGCGGUGUUUCUCAAGUUGAUUUGCAGAAUGCUCUGGACUGGGCUUGUGGCCUUGGAAUGGCGGAUUGCGCCGCCAUUCAACAAGGCGGAGCGUGUUAUGAACCGGACACACUGCUGUCUCAUGCAUCCUUUGCCUUCAACAGCUAUUACCAAUCUAAUGGCAACUCUGAUAUUGCUUGUAAUUUUGGAGGAACUGCUACUAUCACCAAACAUAAUCCCAGUUAUGGAAAAUGUGUCUUUCGUACUUCUGGAUCUUUAGAUUCUUCGACAGCAGCUUCUAUGGGAAAACACAGGCAAAGCUUGAUUUGGUGGGAAAAAAUUGGUACCAUUCUAUGGCUUUCAUACAUUUGGAUGUGAGUUAUGGUCGGUGAAGCUGUGUGUGCAAAAAUGGAACGUGGGAAAUUAAAUAGUGGAAUGGUUACUGAUUGUAUCUUUGUUAGUAUAAUAGAAUUUCACUACUCUUUUCGUAAUUUGCCAAAAUAUUCUUAGCUUUCAUUUUGCGUCAAGACAAGAAUCUAUUUAGUUGUGCAUAUCUCUUUUCUUUUCUUA